AUGUCCAAAAUUCCCACCUUCACCAAACGUGGCAGUCCCACCAAUCAACGUGUCACCUUUGAUCUCGCCAACAUGGCUAAUAUCUUCAAAUUCGCCACAUCCAGAUUGCUGGUGAUUCGAUGUAAACUGGAGACAAGCACUCUUGUCACAUCACCGAGGGAUCACCGAAUUGUUGUGAAGCAAUUGGCCACCAUCCAUGCCGAAAUUGAACAAGAAGGAAAUGAGAUUUGGAAAAUGAUGGAAAACAAGGUGGUAGAGGCAAAGAUUGUGGCUGCGUCCUUGAUGAAGAUGGAGACUGCUCUGGGGCAAGAUGUGAUUGCAGCGAUCACCGCCACAGAUGCCUUGAUCAAAUAUUUAAGGAGGGAACCAAAGACUCCAAUGCAGCCGGCCACCAAUGAAUCAGAGUAG